AAAGUCUGUUUGUUGUGUUUAGCGUAAUAUAAAUACAUAGAGCUUUCGCGCACUGGUAAUUAUAUAUCUCAACAAAAGACGAAUUAUUAAUUGAGCCAUGUCACUUAUUGUCAACAGAUUUAGAUUUCUUUAAGAUUGUUUAUCUCUAGGUUAUCGCUAGUGCUAGAAGGGGACGAAUUAAAUGUUUUUGGCUGGUUAUAACACAGUACUUCUAGAAAUCUAUCGAAACUGAAAACACGUCUAAUAUGCGUCGGGGUUAAAUAAUUUUUUUCGUUUUUUCAGCUCCACCAUUUUGUUAGUGGAUACGCGCCAUUUUCAUAAACCUCUUAAUCGAGGCUACUUAAAAUUAUUCAUUUAAAUCAAGACUUACCGCGAUACGGCGGAUAUUUAUUGUUAUUAUAUAAGAUUUAAUUUAUUUGCUCUGAAAUGCCUCCUGUUAAGCAUUAUUCUUCUAGUGAAGUGAAUCAGUAUGAAUUAUCAACAAGAUUAUUGUCUCUUACCGAAAAUACCUCUUAUACGUUAACUCAAAUCAAUGGACAACGAAUUUAUAGGAAAGCUACACACGCUUGGACCGGUCCCGAACCCUCGCGAAGUUGUGAGGUGUUCAUCGGUAGGAUCCCGCACGAUUGCUUCGAAGACAGCUUAGUGCCUCUAUUCCAGCAGGCUGGCGAGCUCUUCGAGUUUAGGCUUAUGAUUAACUUCUCUGGAUGGAAUAGAGGAUACGCUUUCGCCAUGUACACCACGGAGGCGGAGGCCGGCAAUGCCAUACGCUUGUUCAAUAACUACAUGAUCAGGCCGUCUUGGCAGCUGGGUGUGUGCCCUUCGAUAAACAACUGUCGCAUAUUCAUAUCGCGCAUCCCGCCGACGACGCCGUCCGCCGAGAUAGUGCGGCUCCUGUACGCGCUCACGGACGAGGUACAGGAGGUGCGCAUCCGCCGCGCCGUGGCGUCGUGCGCCGCCAUCGUGGAGUACCGCUCGCACCGCGGCGCCGCCAUGGCGCGCAAGGCGCUGGUGGCCGCCGCCGCCGCCGCGUGGGGCUGCGGCGCGCGCCCCGCCGUCGACUGGUCCUUGCCGCAGUCGCCGCAGCUGCUCAAGCAAUACCGCGAGAUUGGGCGCUGGAGCCCUGAGCGCGGCGUGGAGCUGACGCGUGUACCGGAGGAUUCGCCGGGCGCUUCGCCCUGCAAUGCUUCGUAUACUUUGGAGCCCUGGUCGCAGGCUCGACGGCUCCGCAUGAUACAAGAGGCGCAACGUAACGCCGCCGCCGUAGAAUGGUCGAACCGCAUGUCGAGCGGCCUAGAGUAUCUGUCGGCGUCGAUGGGCUCGCUGUCGGUGGGCGGGCUGCAAGAGCGAGUGUGGGCACCCCCGCCCGCUGCCCCCCGCGCCCCCUCCGGUCCCCCGCCCUGCCCCCCGCCCGGCCCACCGGCGCGGCCCCUCGUGCCGACACGGGACGACUUCAAUCCCUGGACCGCACCGCAUCCCAUGUACGAGUUCAUACACGGGAAAGAAGCGCGAUAAGUCCAGUUCCAUUACUUAUAAAAAACUACGAGGUACAUAUGCAGUAUUAAUACAACUAUACAAAUUGUUUGUAUUAAUCUUGUUUUCAAAUAGUAAUUAGGAUGAACGGUCUUAAAUUAAUGACAUCAAUCAGAUAUGUAAAACUAAUAACUCAAUUAUUUUUAUAAAUACUUUUUGAGCAACAUUAUUACGUAGAUCAUGUUCACGAACGCAAUUUGUUGCUUUUCGUUGGAAUAAAAAAAUAAUCUUUGGAAGAAUCGAAAUAUUCGAAAAACCAAAUUAUUCUCAGAAGUACCAGUUUCAGGUGCGAGAAUCUAAUUACUACGUCACUACUGACCUGUUGUGAAUAUUGUUUAUUACAUUAUUGAUGGCUGAUUUACAUGUACCAGUGUUUGUCCAGUGGACGCAAUUUGGCUAAAAUCACUGACUUCUCAAGGUUUGGAUUUUGUUUUAAGUCUUAUAUUUUUGCUUUUGUUUUGUUGAAGUCUUGAGGCCUUUGGGUAAAUUGUGUCUUUUAGCAUGUGACGUUGCAUCGCGCGUUGUUGAAAAAUAUAAAUGAUUACAUUUUGAAGGUAUUGAGUUUUUGGUUUUAUUUAUUAUAUGUAAAUAUUAUUUAUGCAUGAAAUUAUAUGAAUAAAUAAAUUAUUUGUGAUGGAUAAGUUUCAAAUGAUCUAAUUACGCUUAAAGCGUAGAAGACCGUUUUUCUCUAAAGUUUUUUCUCUCUUAUAGCUUGAAAAAAAGUAACGGUUUCCAAUUUUUUAUUUAUAAAACAAAGACACGUCAAUAGGCUAUUUAAAAAACAAAAAACAAAACAUUAGAAAAUGGUACUGAACUGUUUCUAUUCAUAUUAAAAGUAGUUUGAUAUUAUAAUAAUUUCAUGUCACCAGACUUGAUGCGUGUAAGUAAUGUAAUAUUCUCGCACGCACGCUUUAGUUAAAUUAACAAACGAGAUUGUUAGAGCAGAGUUUGUAAAUUUCAAGAUUAAAAAUAGAGAAGUCCUCUCGUACUAACGAAAAGGUCAUCUGUUUAAGUUAUAUGUAACAAUUUUUUUACUUUGUGUUCAAUAUUCACUGCUUUUACCUUAUUAUUACUACUUAUUAGAACAGUAGAAUUAAUUGUACCUAAAAUCGAGUGCUUAUUGUAAAUACAUGUGAAUUUGGCAUUGGCACUUUUGGUUUAGAUAUCUCUAAAUUUUAAUAAAAUGGAAAAUAAAUGAUUAUCAAGGGUCAAGUGAAAAUUAUAUUAAUUAUCAUAUUACUGCAUAUUUACCUCAAUAAGAAUUUAGUAUUGUAAUUCGAUUUUGUCAAUGAUAAAUGAUAAAAUUAAUUGCAUGAAUUAAGAUUGCUUUCUCCUACAUUUAGUCGGUAUGAUUGACGGUAUGAUUGGAGUGUGAAGGAUUUGUGCAGUUUAAAAAUUAACAUACAACUUUGGGUAAUUUUAAGAAUGGUAACAGAUUUGACAUUAAACAUCUGUUGUAAAAAUCAGCAGUUAGUUGAUUUCAAAAAACCAUUUUUUAAAUUAUAAAUUUUAAAAUAGUUGAUUGGUCCUGUAAUUAAGUUUUGUAAAUGCAUGGAUUUUUCUUACAUUAGAUUACAAAGUUGUAACUUGAUUCAUUUCUUUUACAAACUAUUAAAUGUCUCUUCACACUCUUAAGUUUGAAUGAGAGGUAAAUUUAGACUUUAGAAUUUUUUUAAUUUAAUUUCAAUUAUAUUUUAAUUCGGAAUCUAAUUAUUAUUUAAUUUAUGUAUUAAAUUCGAAGCUUGAUGCGACAUCGUUUGUCUAAAACCCGUCGCGUGGAUUUAGAAUAUGAAAUAUGAAUUAAUUAAGAUGUACAACUUCUGGUGGAGUGAGGCCUAUCGAAGCCCGUAUUGCAACCAAUCUCAAUUUUUUGAUAUUUUUUCAACGCAAAUAUAAAAUAUUCAUGUUUUAAUUUACUAUUUCUGUGUAUGAAUAAGUCUAUUUAAAAUCAGGUUUAUAAGGUUAAUUAAUCAAUUUGGAAAUUGUUUUCUCAGCGGUUUAACUCUGUAAUGAAAUUAAUUUCUUGCGAAUAUCAGACAGAAUCUUAAUACGUUUUUACGCAGAAAAUAUGAAUUUAUCUCUGGGUUUUGUGAGAUUUUUAAUAAUGCAUGCUUGGUAUUGAUUAAUAAAUUUAAGUAAAACGUUUCAUGUA